GUUAUUAUUGUCUACUCCCGAACCCACAUUGUGCUUAAUAUCACAUAUCUACUGAAUAUACAGAUGUUUAAGUCUGCAUUAAAGACAACGUUUUAGAGACGCAGGCAUCUGUCUCACUGCGCAUGCGCGUUCCGGGAUGAAGCGUAGUGUUUGUAAACAAAUCGUUGUGUACAGAUGUGUGAGACGCUGUUGCUGUCAUGGCAGAAAACAACGACAGCGAAAUCAUUGAGCAUCAUGACGACGAAGAGAUGGAGAAAAUGAACAGGUCUAGAACUGACUGUCAGUCGUUUAUGGAGAGCGUCAGUGGUUCAGAGAGGGACGGAUACAGCAGCACACAGUCUUCACACCGUCUACUGGCUUACAGUGAUGCUCUCAUCUCCAUCAUCGCCACUGUCAUGAUAUUACCUGUUGCCCAUAACAAAUUUCAAGACAAUGAGGAACUGACGGAAAGCAUUCAGUUGCUUCUCACCACUAAAAUCGCUGUGUACCUGAUGACAUUUCUGAUAGUAACAGUCGCUUGGGCAGCACAUAUAAGACUGUUUCAGGUCAUUGAACGCAUCGAUGACACACUUGCACUUCUUAAUUUGGCUUGUAUGAUGCUGAUCACUUUUCUGCCAUACACAUUUUCCCUGAUGGCAACUUUCCCAAAUAACACCCUUGGCAUUCAGCUUUUUUGUGCCUGCGUCAUUAUAAUCGGGCUCGUUCAGGCGGUUAUUGUUAUGUACGGGUUCAGCCGUCCGUUCCUCCUAAACGAGCACAUCCAGAUGUCAGAGAAUCGGGCCUAUUACAGGCGCCAUAUUCUUGAAGUGAUAAUGAGAGUGCCUAUAAUGUGUUUCUUCGCUGGAAUCUUUGCAUUCAUCUAUUUUAAACUGUCGUAUGUCCUGCUGGCCCUCGUCAUAUUCAUUCCCUACAUAUCUCAGGCGAUGACGUGGAUUUGGACUAAAGUGGUUGGAACUCAGGUAGAGGAGACUCCAGACUCCAUGCUUUUGUAUACGUACCACCCCAGUGAACCACUGAGCAAGGAGCGAGUAGAGGCUUUCAGCGACGGUGUUUACGCCAUUGUAGCCACUCUUCUCAUCUUAGAUAUAUGUGAAGACAACGUGCCGGACCCGUCUGUUGUGAUGAAGCAGUAUGAUGGAAAUCUCAUCGCUGCGCUUCAUGAGUAUGGCCCUGAGUACCUGGCCUACUUCGGCUCCUUCGCCACAGUGGGUCUGCUAUGGUUCGUGCACCAUUCGCUCUUCCUGCAUGUGACCCGUGCGACACGUUUAAUGGGCCUCUUCAACACGUUCUCUCUAGCUUUUAUAGGCGGCCUUCCUCUAGCCUACCAGCUAACUCAUGAAUUUCCUCGUGGCUCUCAGAACGAGCUGGAGGCCAUCCAGAUCAGCUGCGUCAUCAUCUUCUUCGCCGGCCUCUUUCAGCUGGCCAUGUGGGUUACAGCGCUCUUUACAGAGCGUGAGACUCUCCACCCGUACGUGCGACACGGAGGCCGAGAGCACACCUUCAUGCUCGCUAAGCUCUUGCUCUACCCCUGUGUGGCGCUCGGGACCUUUUUCUCGACAUGUAUCCUUAGCCGCUUCAGCUCACCCAUCUUCCACCUGAUGCAGAUUGCGGUUCCGUUUGCGUUCCUGCUGCUGAGGUUGAUGGUGCAAGUGGCGCUGGCCGUGCUGAGGUGGCUGUUUUGUCCGAAGACACAUAAUGGAAGAAGUGCGUUGGUUGAAGACGAGGAAGCUCGCGUGCCUUUUACAGACAUUGUCACCUAGCAGGAUGGAGUUAACCCAUGGUGAAAAUCCAGCAAGGUCUAUGGGGACAUUUUCACAAAAGAUUCCUCUUUAAACUUUUGCAAUCUGAUGUGUAAUUGCUUGCUAAAAAGUACGUUCAGAGGAAUUUAGACAACAUUAACCUGCCACUCUGUAACCACGUAACAUCAGCUAGAAGUCAGUUAACAGUAAUGUCAUUCGUGGGCUUUAAACUUUAAAUCAUUUUAUCAUUUUAAACGGCUGUAUAGGAAAUAGACUAAAGAAUUAUUUCAAGAACGAAUGUCAUUUCUAAAUCCGUCCAGGACUUAACACUAUAACUUUCUCAUACAAGCUGAAUCAGGUCUGAAGUCUCACUAAAUAGCAUGAUGAGAUCUGAGCAUUAUGUUCAUUUAAAACUCCAACUUGUAUCUUAAAAUACAGUUUAAAUAUGUCUAAAAUAACAAAUUGCCUUCUGUAUAAGUGUACGAUGAUACAGUUCAUUUCAUUAAAAAGAAAAAGCAUCUCUCUAAACUAGGCUAGAAUUUGAUUUGAGGAAACAUCAAAUAUAAGACAUCAAGCUUGAGUAACUAGAACGACAGUGCAGUCACUGCUUAUACGUGGUUGCCAGAUUUAUAGCCAUUUCAACUUGAUUGAUCCCCCAUUUCAACAACAAAAACAUGUCAUUUGAAUCUCCAAAUAAACAUGAAUGAAGGCACAUCCUAGUCACUCAUCACAUACAGCUUAGGGCACGUGAACGUGGUUACUAAGCAACCACACCACAAAGAUGAUAGCUGUCCAGAAUCACGUACCAGUUCAUAUAAAACCUGCAUGACUCUUUAAGCCUAAGCAAACAGAUCAUGGUGAGACUAUUAAAUAUAUUUCGAUGUUCCAUGCUAUUUAUUGUCAUUAAUUUAACACUUUAUUAAAUUAUUUUUGAACGUAUCAUUACAUUAUUAUGUAUGUGCGCAGACUUUAUACUGUAACACACGAAAACUGACACGAAGACUACUAAUGAAAUUUUGAGGAAGGGAUUCAGUCACUGAAAGCUAAGCAGUAAGAGCAACUAUGAUAUAGCUGAAUGUACUGUAAGAUAUAAUGCAUCAGGAAAAGCUCUUCGAAAUGUAUUUUUUUCUGUUUUAUCUCAUGUUUUGAAUUUAAUGAAACACCCGCUUCACUUUUUCAGUGCUGUCUAGUGAUCAAUUUGAAUGUUUUAUUUUAUUUCACCUGGAUAAUCAGAGGGAUGCAACAUUUACGCUCAGCUGUGUUGUCUAAACAUUUGUGUUGUUUACUCCAUACGUUUCUUCAACGAAUUAUGUAGAAUUAAUGGAAAAACUCUUUAGUAAAACUCAUCUAACAUCUUA